AGACCCAAAUAACUAUGAAUUAUCCAUUCCAUCUUUCUAUUUUCUGUGCCGUCCACUCUUCUCCCAAUAUUAGCCCAAAACGUCUCCCCCUUAAUACCCCUUCCAAGAAGCCAUGGUUAUAAGCCUCUCCUCCUAUCCACCAUGUUCUUCCUCUUCCCUCGUCAGAUUAACAAAUUCAAAGUCACCUAUCUCAGAAUUUUCACUAAAGCCUAAAACGCACUUUUCAAAAUCUCCUUCUUCUUCUAUAUGCCAUUCAUUUUCUCCAUCACAACUCGGUUUGAAUUUCAACAAACAAUUUUUCUUUGCAAAGAGUAGAAACCCCCUUGGCAAAAGAUUUGAUUUUAGGUCUUGGGCAAUUCCUGGAUUUGAUUUUGGGAACUUUGAGAAUGCUCAGUCUGUUUUGGAGGCAGCUUCAGUGUUAACAGCCAUAAUCAUUGUUCAUGAGAGUGGUCACUUCCUUGCUGCUUAUCUCCAAGGAAUCCAUGUAAGUAAAUUUGCUGUUGGGUUUGGUCCAAUUUUAGCUAAAUUCAAUGCAAACAAUGUAGAAUACUCUAUUAGAGCUUUUCCUCUAGGGGGCUUUGUGGGGUUCCCUGAUAAUGAUCCAGAUAGUAACAUUCCAGUUGAUGAUGAGAAUUUGCUUAAGAAUCGGCCCGUAUUGGAUAGGAUUAUUGUGAUUUCAGCUGGUGUUGUUGCCAAUAUAAUAUUUGCAUAUGUGAUCAUCUUUAUUCAAGUAUCUUCAGUUGGUUUGCCUGUACGAGAGGCCUUUCCAGGAGUGCUUGUGCCCGAGGUUCAAGCCUUUUCGGCUGCUUCCCGAGACGGUUUGCUUCCUGGCGAUGUGAUACUUGCGGUUAAUGGAAAGGAAUUGCCAAAAAUUGGGCCUAAUGCAGUUUCUGAACUUGUUGAUGUGAUUAAGAAAAAUCCUAAAAGAAAUGUGUUGCUUAAGAUUGAGAGGGGCCAGGAGGAUUUUCAAAUUGGGGUCACCCCAGAUAAGAAUUUCGAUGGAACUGGUAAAAUUGGUGUUCAGUUAUCACCAAAUUUAAAAUUUUCAAAGGUUCUACCUAAGAAUUUAUUGGAGGCUUUUAAUUAUACUGGGAAUGAAUUUUGGGGCCUCUCAUCCAAUGUUUUGGAGGGUUUAAAACAGACUUUUCUAAACUUCUCCCAAUCUGCAAGUAAGGUUUCAGGCCCCGUGGCUAUUAUUGCUGUUGGUGCUGAAGUAGCAAGGUCAAAUAUUGAUGGGCUUUACCAAUUUGCGGCGUUGCUUAAUCUUAACCUUGCAGUAAUAAACCUUCUUCCAUUACCUGCUUUAGAUGGGGGUUCCUUGGCUUUGAUCCUCCUAGAGGCAGCUAGGGGAGGGAGAAAACUUCCUCUAGAAAUAGAGCAGACAAUUAUGUCAUCAGGGAUCAUGCUUGUUAUACUCCUAGGGUUGUUCCUCGUUGUUCGGGACACACUUAACCUUGAUUUCAUUAAAGAUUUGAUGUAAGUGCUUUCAAGGCCUCAGAAGGUUGAGGUUGGAUUGAGUUUGGCAAAAAUCUAUGAAGCUGUUCUUCGAUCAGACUGGUUGCCAGUGAUGUCGACAGAGGAGAAAAACUGGUAUAAUUGAAAAUGCUUGGUAUAUUGUGGUUACUUCUCCCAAAAACAUUACAAGGAAGGUACUCAUGGCAUCUCGAUUGUUCUUUACAUCCAUCUGGAGAUACUUUCUGUAGUCCUGUAAAUAAUUUUUUAUAAACAGUAUUGGCGACAUAACAUGUGUUUUGAACUCUAAUAUCUUGUGCCCUGCGAGUCCAAUGAAGAUAUUCAUGGCAGUUACUUUC